AUGCCUAGCCUGCCUGCCGCCCCGGGCGAGCGUCGGACCCGGGCGGCCCGGGCGCCACAGCUUGCCCUCAGAGUCCCGCUGGGCCGAAGCGCCCGCCGCCCCAGCACGCGCCGCUCAGGGCCUGGGCGGCGGCGUCGUGGGCGGUCGGGGCCCGGCCAGGGCGCGGCCUCCCGGCUGCGCUUCCAUGGACGCGCGCUGGGCUCUGACCGCGGAUCCGCCUGCUUCUCUGCCCUCUGGGAGUCGGCUUAG